AAUGAAUCAAAAGCCACUAAAAAGUAUUCAUUUUCGAGUUGAGACACAUAUCGAUUUAUAGUCCAAAGACAAGCUAUCAUCUGUUGAGAAUAAUUCUAAACGUUACUAUUCUCCUAACAACUUGCCUUCUCUUCAAAACAUAUGCAGAACUAUUUAAGGUGAGGAUGGAACGGUAAUGAAUGAGAAUGAGGAGAUCAUAGGUUUUUGCCAUGAGAUCCCUUAUGAGUAGGGCCAAUAAUGUGAGUAGUAAUCGAACUACUAGAACAAAGUGGGUACUUGAAUUAAAUGAACGUAAAGAUCUUAAACAAUUAGAACAAUGGACAGAUGUAUAUUAAGUUUAGUAUUUAGUUAAUGGUUUAAUAAUUAUAAUAACAAUAGUAUAGCAAUAUUCGAGAUUUCUAUGAAAAAAUGGAGUUGGUCUACACUGGUUCAAUAACUUAGUUAGGUUAGUAAUUGGCUGUGAAAUGCAUUGAUUAUUAGACGAUGUUAAAUAAAAUAUGGUAAUCAUAUACUCAUGCAGUAAAAGAGAUAAUUGAAAGAUAAUCUGAAACAAAUAGAAAAUUAGAGAAAGAUUGUUUAUCAGAAACUGUAAAAUUGCAUUAAAUGUACUAAAAAACAUUGAAUGAUAAAGGUAUUAAAUUAUAAGAGGCUGAAAGAUAUUUGAAAUAGAAUUCUGAUUAAAAUGAUAAAAUGAUUAAAGAAGGUAGAUAUUUGAGAAAGAAAUGUUAAAAAUUAGAAUAAGAAUUAUUAAACAUAAGAAGAGAAUGUGAUUUUCUUAAAUUAUAGAAUUCAGAUCUAAUUAGAGAAAUAGAUGCUAUGAAAGUAUUUAUAAAUUAUUAAAUUGAUCCUUCUAUAUAUAUUAAUCAGAAUAUUGUUAAUACAUAAUAAAUUGAAGAAAAGUUUGCAGAUGAAUUGUAACAUGCUAAAAAAGAAAUGUUUGAUGAUUUUAAACAUUAAUUUGAAUAAAGGACUAUGAUAUAUGAAGAAAUGUAUUAAAGAAAAUUAGAUGAUUUAGAAAGGAGAGAAAUAUUAAAUUAAAAUUAAGAUGAUGAAUAAAUACUUUAAGAUUAUUAAUAAACUAUAUUUAAGGAUGAAUGUGUUGGUAAUUCAAUCACUUAUAAAACAUAAGAAACAGACACUUUUGAUUUACUUUAAUUAUAAGAUGCAUCUGUUUAAACUAUAUAAUUUAAAAAAAAAGUAUUUGAUUGGAGUACUUAAACACCAACUAUUGUAACAAUAAAUUAAUCUAUUGAAGCCAACUUUUCUAUGAUAAAAAGAGAAUGUAUACCUAGAAAUAAAGAAGAAUAAACUUAUUUAGAAAUGUCAAAAUAUCCUAUAUAAGUUUUUAUUGAUGAUUAUCAUGAAAUUAAUAUCACUUAUAAUAAAAAUACUUUUAAUACAGACUUAAAUAAUUUAAUUGAUAUACUAGCUUAGAGAUCUAGAUAAUUAUUUAAUAUAUUGACAAUGAAAGAAGAAUUUCAUAUGGAUGAUUUUUAAUGUGUGAGUUAAUAUGUAAUAAAUAGUUAUAAUGUAUUUAUAAAGUUAAUUCGUAAUUUGGAAUAUUUAAUUAUUGAAAAUAAAUCAAUUUUAGUAGAAAAUAAGAUAUCUCUUUAUGAAACAUAAAUUGAUUCUAAAUAAUCAUAUAGAAAAUAAAUUCAUGCUGAAAAAAAGUUAGAUUUAUUGAUUACUAAACAUUAAUUAACUUUAAAAUAAGUGUCAUUUCUAUAAAAAUAAAUCAUAAGAAUUCAUAAAUAUCUACCUCACUUUUAAAUUGAAACUAUCAAAAGAUAAGCUAUUAAAAGAAAGAUAUUCUUUGAAUUUCCUAAGAUUUAAUCACCUGGUCCUAAUUUAUUACCUCCUGAAAAAUCAAAUACUAUCUUUUUUUCUUCUUAACCUUAAUUAUUGAUACCUCCAUAAAUCAAUCAAUCUACAAGUUCAUAAAUUUAAAGAUCUGCUUUAGAUAUAGCUUAAAGUGAAUCAACUGAACCUCAUUAAUUAAAAAGAGAUUAAUCAGUUGAUUUAUAUAGAGAAUUAAGAGAAACACCACCAAUUAGUCCAACUAAAAAACAUCAUUAAAUUUAAAUAUGUAAAAUGAAUGCAUUAAAAUUGCUUAGUUUUUUAAGAUGCAUUAGCACCACCUGAUGAUUCCUCAUCGGAUAGUGAUUAAGAAGUAGAUAUUGAGGCUUAAUUAUCACCCAUUAAAAAUUUAUUAUCAAUUGAAAAGAAAUUAUUUGUAAAUAAAUGUCCAUCCAAAAAUACAUAGACAGCUACUUAACUUUUAUUAUAAGAAAUAUAAUAAUUUAGAAGAGAUAAAAUAGAUAAUAUUGUUACAAGAUAAACUUUAUAAAAAUAUUUAUCUAGUUUUGUUUGUUGGUGUGUGAAAUAUGGUAAAUAUAAUUAUCCUCUUCAUAUAUAAUUAUAUGAAUUUUAUUAAAUAGAAAAUUUUCAAUAACCUCCUUAAGUUUGGUUAUAAAAAUAUUAAAGAAUAAUUAAAAGUAUUCUUUAUUAUAAGAAAAAAACUACUUAUGCUAAAUUAUUUCAUUAGAUGUUAAUUGGAGAUUAGAGUUUUAAUAUUUAUUUGAGUAUUUUGAAUAGCAUUUAAAAUAAAGAAUUUACAGAAAAUGGAAUUAUUGUCCAAUAAUUAUAACUUUCUGAAUCUAUCGGACAAUAUAUUAAAAAUACUAUUCCUAAAUAUGUUCAAUUAGUUGAUUAUGAUCAAGAGAUAUAACCUUAUAUGUAAGGUAUAUUGGAUUAUAAAACAAAAGAGAUUACUCAAAAAUAUUAGUUAAUUUUAACUUUAUUUGAUUAAGAUAGAUUUACAUCUCUCUAAUUUAGAUUGUUAUUAUUAGAAUUAGAUUAAUAGAAAACAGAAUAAUAGAUAAUUAAUUUAUUCAUAAAUGAAUGUGAUUUGGAAUAAAAUAGUAUUUAAUAUAUGUCACAUAAGAGAUUUUCAUAAAUUUGUGAAGAACAUAAUUUAUUAGUAAAUUUGAAUGAAUAUUUGCAAAAGAAUAAUGCAUAAUAUUUUAAUGAUAUGAAAUUAUGGAAAAUAAGAGAGAAUGAAUUAAAAUUGAUGUUAAUUAGAUCAUAGAAAUAUGAUACAACUGAAAGAGAAGUCUUUUAUAGAAUGAAUUAAUUAAAUUCAUAUGAUUAAAGAAUAUUAUUGGGAAGAUUUUUAGAGAGAAGAGCAAAAGAAUUAUUAUUAGAAUAAUAUGCAUAUGAAUGUCUACCCUAAUUCAUGUAGAUCAUACUAAAUUCUUAAUGA